AUGGCCGAUGCUCGCGCUUCUAAAUCGACACCUCAAGCACCAUUGCUCGACCAAAACCAGAACAUGUGGCUAUCAAAGACAGACACCUCGCGAUCAGCCAGCCCCACGAGGCACUCAUCUCUACCGUCAGUCUCCCACUAUUUUCAAAAGUCCUCGAGUACGGAUGACCAAACUGACCUGGAGCCCUCGAAUCAUGUGCCCAACUUACUCUCGGUCAUGCGACCCCGCUCCAUCCACCGCAUCCGCAUCAACCAGAUGAAGCCUGCAGAGCCACCAACUGUUGCGCCCAUAACCGCUCAGACACCUGCGGCCGACCGAGACAUGAUCAUGAAUGCCGUGUCCCUCGAGUGCAUUGAAAAGUCCACUGCGGAAGCCAAGGAUUUCGGCGCCAGCAAGCUGUUCAUCGGGCACCAAACAGUGACCAUCCGUGAAUACGCAAAGCAGCACAUUUUAUGCACAGUUAAAGGUGCCAGCAUCAAUGUCUAUAUGGGUGGCAAAGAGAUAGCAAUUCUCUUUGAAGAGAAGCGCGAGGACCGACUCUGGGUAGCCCGACUGGAAUCCACGACUAAGGCGCUCGCAUUACUAAAUCGAUUUGACGAGAUAUAUGGAUCCAAGUGCAUUAAAAUCAGCCGCGAGCAGCUAGUAAAUGACUAUGCCCUGGGCCUCAGCUAUCCCAGCACAGCCAACGUCAACGACCAGGACGCACUUGUCAUGGCCAAAACCAACCCCAAGGAGGAAUCUGAGUGGCGAAAAUACCUCGCUGGAAAUCCAGAUUUCUAUCUCAUCUAUCCCCCCGGCGAGGUCGGGGCUAUACCCGUCACCAAUAGCGAUGCAAUCCGACUCGAUGAGGGCGAACUGUUCAACGAUACGCUGAUCGCGGCAUACUUCAAAUACCUGUAUAAUAGCUGGAGCCCGAUUCAGCGAGAGAGUGUGCAUCUUUUCAACUCGCAUUUCUACGACUACAUCUCGGCACCGAAAUCCAAGAGCCAGAGCGAAGAGGAAGCGCGACUACGCGGCUACGAAAAGGUCAAGAAGUGGACAAAAAACGUCAACAUCUUUGAAAAGACAUAUGUGUUUGUCCCGGUCAACGAAAACUUCCAUUGGUAUCUGGUCCUGAUCUACAAUCCGGGUGCCUUCGUCCGAGCCGUCGAGCGCGAACGCAAUGCGCUAGCGAGUGAUGUUGAUGAAGUGGUCGAUGAAGGCAUGAUACCAGGCUUGCCUCCGAUUGCAGACCAUACAUUCGACAACGAGCACGACAAGGCAUAUAGGUCCCUCAAGCGGAAGCGGCCGACCAACGAACACGGCCAAACCGGGCCGCCGCCGCCCUUGUCGCACUCCAGGGCAAAGACAACGCCAGACUCGCUGGCAUCGAUUGAAGUUGUGGAACCGGAUCUGCCGAUCCAGAUCCCUGACUCGUACGAGCCCGAUGAUGAACUUAGCGCCAGCCCGGCAACUGACACGGAUAGGGCCGACGUUAGUCGUUUCCGCGACGAUGAUGAGGCCGAUGGGUCGAUGCAGCUGGCUGACAACGACAUGCCGAGUCUGCUGCUGCAGUCUCACAGUGUCCGGCUCGAUGACGAUAUGGAAAUGAUGGAUGAAGAUCCUUUGCCAGAAGCAGUCGACAGCCCAGCACCUGCUGUGAUCGCCGCUCAAUCCGAUGAUGAUGGAUACACGUCGACACGUCCGACGACGCCCAUUCCCGGGGCUCGAAAUCUCGAUCAGCAAAGGCUGAGGAUCCUUGCUGACAAAGCAAAGUACAUCAACGACCAGGAGAAAGUCCGGGACAUGGGCAUGGCGGACUGCCGUAUCUUUGUGUUUGAUUCACUCAAUGGCACUCGCCGGUCGGUCAAGAACAUCAUAUCGUGGUACCUUAUCCAUGAAGCCAAGGAGAAGCUCAAGCUGGAUAUCUCGGAACAAGUGCGGCAAAGCGGGCGACUCUUCUAUACAAAUGUCAAGUGCCCCAAGCAAGACAACUACUGCGACUGCGGCGUGUUUCUACUCCAUUACGUCGAGGUUUUCAUGAGCAAUCCUGAACACCACCUCACAGGAAUGUUUAACAACCUGGACAUUGGCGAAAAAUCGGGCGAUCCUAUGUUUCCGCUCUCAGACAUCCCGUCCAAGCGACUGAUGAUGAUCGAGCUCAUGAAAAUGUGGCACGAGCAGUAUACCAGCUACCUGAACCGCCAAAAGCGAUCCGAAACAAAGUACGAUUCCGGCGACGAUAGCUCCUCGGAUCUGGAGGAGGUGGUGCCGAUCUCCAACUCUCCAUCCAAGCGAUAUGAAGCAGUCGAGCCGCCGCCGGCACAGGACGACAGCCCCGAACGAGAGACUAGUCCCGACGGCAGCGCACCGUAUCAGCACGACGACAACGAUACACGUUAUCAGCACGACGACAGCGACGACAUUAAUGCCGAGGACGGUGUCGCUGACGACUCCCAGCUCAUCAGCAGUAAUUACGAUUAUGAUGCUGAACAUAACGCUGGCCAUGAAGAUGCCAUCGGCUUUCUGGACCAGGAGGAGCUACAUGACUCCCACGGCACACCGAAGGCAUAUGACGUGCAAACCACCAUGGAUGAGGGUGUGGACGAUAACAACGAAGCAACGGAUGCACCGGAAAGCCCCAUCGGCGAACUGAGCGAGCUGAGCAAGCACCUGCGCGACGCUGCUGAGCGGCUCGCUGAUGAUGCUUUCGGGCUCCCCGACGUUGAAGCUGAAGAGGUGCUCGAUGAUGACGAUGAUGUCGCCGACGAAGAGCUCGAAAGCCACAUCGUUGAGGAGGAGCUCGAAAGCCACAUCAUUGACCAAGGGUUUGAAAGCCACAGUGUCGACGGGUUUGAAAGCCACAUCAUUGACGAAGAGCUCGAAAGUCACAUCAUCGGCGAAGGGUUUGAAGGUCACGCCGUUGCUGAAGAGCUCGAAAGCCACAUCAUUGACGAAGGAUUUGAAGGUCACAUCAUCGACGAAGGGUUUGAAGGUCACGCCGUUGACGACGAAUCCGAUGACCACGCCGAGGAGACUGAUGGAGGCGUGGAAGAGCCCGAGAGCAGUGCCGCCAAUGAUGCCGAGAUAGUUGCGGAAACCGCCAGCAGCCACUCCGAGCUGUCCGAUAGGGAGACGUAUUUUGAGAUCCUCAAGCCCGAAGCGUCCAAUCGGAUUACGCUGGAUCCGGCGCUGUUCCCGAGCACACCACUUCGGCGCUCGAAUCGCCACUUUCGGAGCAGCAGCGGACUAUAGACUCGAGGGUGGGCAGGCGUGCUUCAAUGAGGCGCCAAGCUCUGCAUCGGAAUACAUCAAACUCAUUUUGAAACGAGGGCGUUUGGUUUCCACAACACCGUUCCUCGUCGACGGUGGCUGGGUUGUAUCUGCCCGAGCGCUCUCUGGCCACCGAUCGCCAACGAGCAGCACCUUCCAUCUGAACGGCCACAGCGAAGGCACUGGGGGGUGGACAUAUCAUUGGAGGGCGAAUUGGUGGGGCCCUCGCCAUAGCCUGCUCCCUGCCACCUUGAUGACGGAAAGCGAGACUGGGCUCUGCCAGCAACCAAGUCUCUCGAGUCGGAAGACGCAGCUUCCCCCUCGCCGCAUAUCGA